AUGGCGGUUCAGGCGGUUCACCUCGAUUCCGACGUUUUCCUCGUGUGCGUCAACCACGCUCUGAGCACCGAUAAAGAGGAGGUAAUGGGCCUGUGUAUUGGGGUGCUGAAGGAGGAAGAGGGGAGUAACUCCGGUUGUGGGAGUUCCGGCGAGGCUCUGGGCACCGUGGCUGCGCAGGCCCGGGCGGCCCGGAUCGUCCAUAUUCGCUCCGUCAUCAUCUUGCCGCGGUCGGACAAGAGGAAGGACCGGGUGGAGAUCUCCCCGGAGCAGCUGUCGGCGGCCUCGGCCGAGACGGAGAGGCUGGCGGCGCUCACCGGGAGCCCCCUGCGGGUGGUGGGCUGGUACCACUCCCACCCGCACAUCACCGUCUGGCCGUCCCACGUGGACAUCCGCACCCAGGCCGCCUACCAGAUGAUGGACCCAGGCUUCGUCGGGAUCAUCUUCUCCUGCUUCGUGGAGGAUAAGAACACGAACACCGGCCAGAUAGCUUACACCUGCUUCCAAUCCGCCCGCGCCCCGAGGAGCGCCGAGUAUGAGAGGGUCGAUGUCCCCCUCCACGUGCUACCUCGUGCCAGCAUCGGGAAAGCGUGCCUCCAGUCGCUAGUGGAGCUGCCCAAGAUCCUGUGGCAGGAAGAACUGGCCUCGUAUAGGAGGAUGUGCGGCCGUCCCGAUCAGGACCCGGUAUCCAGGAUCCGCAAUGCCUCGGCGUACGUGGAUCAUGUGUGCGGUCAAGUGUCCGCGAUCAGCGAUCCCCUCCUCCAGUGGCUGGAGAACAGAGUCGAGCAAAACCAAGAGUUUCUGCAGGAGUUGACCCAAGAGAAGAAAGAGCUUAUGGAAAAACUUUCUUCUCUAAAGUGA